UCUUCCUCAUCUGGCUGGUCCGCAGGCAAGUGGCACCCAAACAGGGACCUGAAGCGUGAAGGCAAUUAAAAGAAAAAGAAAGUGCAGGAGAAAGAUUGUUGGCUGAGCGAACAUUGACAACAUCUGUUCCAGAAGUUCUUUGGCAGGAUCCAUUGACCAAUACCUGGUAUGGUCUGGGUCCCGUCUUGAUCUGGGGGCAAGGUCACAUGUGUAUCUUUCCCAGAUCUGCGCCUGGUCCUUGUUGGCUUCCUGAACGUCUAGUGAAGCAGACAGAUGGCUCAUCGCAACGCCCGACUGAUAAAGAAAAUGCAGAAACUUCACAUUUCUCCAAAGAAAGCAACAGUGACCGUAUCAAUUGAGAAAAAGAAGAAGAGGAGACCACUUGCCAGCACGACUCAAGGGAGUGAUGUUCCAACCUGGGGACAAGUUAAACAAUUGAUUUCACGAGCUCAAGAGUUAGUGAAACAACAGAAUAAUCCUGUUACACCUAUAACUUUAUUUUUGGCUGUGUUGGCAACCAUUUCAUGCGUUCCCUCUGUUAAUGCAGCAACUUACUGGGCCUAUGUACCUGAUCCUCCACUAUUACAACCCAUAUCUUGGUCUGAAGCAAAGUUUCUUGUAUUUUACAAUGAUACUGUUUAUGGGCCUCUUAUUGGGAAUAUAAAACAAAUCAAUAUGUCUGUAAAUUAUACUAACUGGUUUAAUAUCUAUCCUGUCUGUCUUAGCCCAUUGAAUCUGGAAACUGGAUGUGUAAAGGCUAUUAGUUAUGAGCAUACAGAUGUUUAUGAGGAAACGGAUCAAUCAGUUGGUUUGUCAGGCUCUCCAGGCAUCCUUCAUUUUACAGGAACCAACAUUACUCUUGCAUGCCCGGCUACCAGCCGACGAGAGGAUCUUAAGGAUACAAUCAUUUGGUAUAAAAAUGGGCAACCUAUUAAUAUUAGAGGUCGAAUCUCAUACGCUUCACCACUUAGGGAUUCCUCUAUUACUAUAACCAAGGUUACAGGUGAAGAUUCAGGAAAUUAUUUCUGUAUGAAGCAUUUACCUAGAGAACAAGGGAUACUUAUAGCUGGACAUAAGGUUACUAUUCUUAACAGAAAAUCAAAAAAUCAAUUUCCUCCUUUUAUGACCGUUAACUUUCCUGAAUCCAAUUUUGAACGUUGCAUUGCAUCUUGGAAUAAUAACCAAAUAUGGUGUACUAUAGAUUAUACCAAGGGGUCAGUUCUUAUCUCUUCUAUUCCCGUCAUAGAUAGGUUUAUUACAUUUCAGAAGAACUGGGAUAUAUGGAAACUAGCUCUGACUUAUUCCAACACACCUGUUAUAACUUGUGUUGCUCCUCCAUACACACUUUUGAUUGGUUCUAUUAACAUUGUUAAUUCUUCCAAAGGAGGGUAUAAUAUUAGCUGUGUUAAUUGUAUUUUUAGCAGUUGUAUGUUCCCUUCUGCAGGAACGCAGUCUGUGCUUAUACUAAAGCAACCCAUGUAUGUUAUGGUGCCUGUACAUCUGAAAGAACCUUGGUAUGAAAAUACUGGAGUACAGGCAUGGGUGGAGCUCUCUAAAGCCUUGCAGAGAGGGAGACGCUUUAUUGGGUGGCUAAUAGUAAGUUUACUUGCCUUGGCUGCUCUGUCUGCUGCCGCGGCUGCUGCCGGUCUUGCUCUUUCACAGAGUAUUAAUGAUGCUCACCUUGUUAAUCAGUUAUCUCGAAAUACCAGUCUUGCUUUAUCUUUACAAAGUCACAUAGAUUUACAGAUUAAUAACAAGUUAGAUGAAUUUAAAAACACAGUUUUGGGGAUUGGAGAUCAGAUGGCAGCAUUAAAAUUGAGGAUGCGUUUAGCUUGUCAUGCAAAGUAUACAUGGAUUUGUGUUACUCCUUAUAAGUAUAAUGGCUCUAUUUGGGAAUGGGAGAAAGUAAAAAUGCAUCUGCUGAGUGUUUGGUCAGAUAAUAAUAUUAGUCUUGAUCUUAAGAACUUAAAUGCUGAAAUUCAGGAUAUGCAAAAUGCACAUCUUGAUGAUAUUUCGCCAGAAAAUGUAAUUCAGACUUCACUGGAUCAUUUAAAGUGGUUAAACGCUCAGUCUUGGAUUACUGGAAGGUUGUCAGGAUUUAUUACCCUGGCCAUAAUUUGCCUGUUAUGGCUAAUAAUCUUCUCAUGUCUGUUUCGUAUCCUCAUGCAACAAUAUACUACUCUCGGCAGUAAACUUCAUGGAAUAAGUUUGCAGCAAAAAUUAAAAAAUAAAAAAGGGGGACCUGUGGGAAGCAGUCAGCCAUGA